AUGGCCGCGCUUUGCCCAGUAGCAAUGGCAGCAGCAGCAGCAGCAGCAGCUGCCGUUGCAGUUUCGGCUGCAGGGUCGUCUGUUGAGGACGCAACUAUCAACACUUCUUCCGAGGAAGUAGCAGCAGCAGCAGAAUUGGAAGCAGCAAUAGCAAAGCACAGCAGCAGCGACAGCUCCUCCACUGCGCCUCACGGGGAUAUUUGCAUCAAUAUCCAUUUGUUGCGUCAUGCAGAAGGCACUCACAAUGUGGGAGCGCGUGACAGGCCGCCUGGGCAGAGCUGCGACUGGGUAUAUUCUCAGCCACAGCAUUUCGAUGCUGACCUGUCAGAAGCAGGUUUGCUGCAGGCUCGAGCAGCAGGACUCCGAAUGCCGGAGCAGUUGCUGCUGGCGCUGCAGCAGCAGCAGCAGCGGCAAGGGUACUGCUGCUGCUGCCCUGCUGCUGCUGUCUACACGAGCUCACUUAGGCGAACCAUUCGCACUGCGUACGAGACCCUUAAAACGGCCUUAGCCACUCCUUCAGCAGCAACAACAGACACAGCAGCAGCUUCACGAGAAGCCUCGCUAGCAGCAGAAGCAGCAGGCACGGGUACGCCGGCAGCAGCAACAGCAGCAGGAGUAGCAGAGCCAUUGGACAUCCCAGUGACGGCUUUAGAGGAGACAAGGGAGUGGGCAGGAGGAAACCAUUGCUGCGACGGGAGGCAUCCACUGAAGGAGCAAGCUCGGUGGGCAUCUCAACUCUUCAAGAAUAUUUCCUUCUCUCCAAAGAUAGAAGCCGACCCGUUGCCUCCCGCAAUGCCUAGAGAGAGCCGCCAGGCCAUGGAGGAGCGUUGCAUCCUCUUCCUGCAGCGCCUGCAAAACCUAGGAACAGCAGCAGCAGCGGCCGUAGCAGCAGCCAGCGCAGCAGCAGGAAAGAAGGGCCAAUUUAUGUGCCCUCGCUGCAGCAAACCGUUUCCUGCUCAUUUCAAAGACACCAGCACCACCUGCAUCAGCAACGGCGACAGCCGCAACGGCAGAGCCAGCAACGGCAGCAGCCGCAGCAGUAACAGCGGCAGCAGCAGCAAGGUGAGCAUAGAAAUCAUGUGCGUCUGCCACAGCGCAUGGACCCGCUUCUUAUUUGGUUUGUUGUCUCUUUUCCCUCCUUCGUUUCGGGGACUGCACAACUGCGAAUGGCGAAGCGUGCAAAUACAACUGAGUGAACUUCAGGCGCUAAUACCCAAGCUGAAGAAAAAGGCACAGAAGCCCCGGGAAUUGUUUCCGUUCUCAACACUACCAUUUCAAACCCCGGGGGCCCCCGCAGCUCCCUUGGAGGCCCCCGUGGAGAGUUUCACGAAGGUAACACACACAGCAGCAGCAGCAGAAAGAACAGAAGCAACGGAAAGAACAAAUCAUUGGCAGAUUUCCCUCCUCUCUGCUUUAUUGGGGCUGCAAGCGCAGCAGCCGCUGACCAUCCUUGUCUACCCUCCUGCUGGGGCCCCCCAAGGGUCCCAUCACGGGUCUCCUGGAGGGUCUGUUGAGAGAUCUUCCCAGGGGGCCCCUCAAGGGCCACCUUCAGAGGCUGCGGCGCGGGGUCAGAGGGCCCUGCCCUCAUCUGGCGCUCGCGAGGCCGCAGCCGAACGCAUCAAGGCAUGGAUAGCGCAGCAGCCCGCGUGGACUUCACAGUCCUCCAGUACCCUGCAGCAGCAGCAGCCAAACCAGCAGCAACAGCAGCACCAAGAGGCGGCGAAGAAACAGUUAUUAACGGAUGGACUCGACUGCAUUCGCUAUGUAGCGGAUCCAAGGCCGGGGGAACCGUCGUUGGAGAUAGUGGAGAAGGAAAAGGUUCACAGAGAAAAUUGCCUCAUUUUGUGUCUCGUUCCCCGCAUUUCAGACCUUGAAAAAGCUGAGGCUGAAUUGUCUCUUCUGUCUGAAGUUUUGUUACCGACGCAAGCAGGAGCAGAGGCCUGUCUGCGCUUGGACGUUUUGGAUUUAUCUUAG